AUGCUUAUGGGACAAGCACAUAUCUCAAGCACAGUAAAUUCAGCGAAGUCAUCGAGCAGCAUAUGGAGUAGCGCCUACGUUUUUACGGCCACAGCAGCGGUAGAUCUCGAAGGUGAUCUUGCUAGUGUGAAAGCAAUCGCUUGUCAUAACUCCACAAUGGUUUUCGAUGAAAUUAGAGCCAAGAAUACCAGCGAUGGACGAUAG